GCGAAAUCAGUUAUUUCGCGGUUGCAUCAGAAAGACAAUUAAUUUCCUAUUUUCUACAAUACAACUGUUACCAUAUCAACUGAAACUACAUCUACUCAGACGCAGACACACAACUACACAGACAGACACAGAUAGGAACAGGCAGUGGUGGAAGAUGCUUAUGUUACUUUUUUUGCUUCCAUUAACGCAAGCGCUUAUAUACUUCUACUCCCCAAAGGGUACAAGACGAUGCUUCUACAUGGAUUUACACAAAGACACAAUCUUGAUUGGGCGGUACAAGAUGGAGAUCACCACCGAUGCAACUAAUGCCGGCGACAGUUACACGUCAUAUUCAUACCACACUCCGUUAGACAAAAAGGAAAUUGGGGUUGUUAUUGAUGUUGAGGAAGUAUUUGACAACAACCAUCGGGUAGUUAGACAGCGCGGGUUUGCCGUUGGACAGUUCAGUUUUAACACCUUAGAUUCUGGCCAGCAUAGAAUAUGUCUUACUCCCAAAUCGUUCUUGCGACAAGCGUGGUUUAGAAAUAACGUCGAUUCGUACAUUGUUAAAGAUCUGAAGUUUGCUAUGGCGAGAAUUGGCAUUGAAUUGGCGAUUGGUGAUACUACGCUACUUGAUCUGAAACGAUCAAGGGAUGUCCAAACAAUAAAGGAACAAGUAUACGGAUUGAACAAUAAGCUUCUGUUGAUCCGCAGAGAACAAUUAUUUAUUAGAGAGAAGGAGGCCCAUUUUAGAGACUUGAGUGAACGCACUUGUGAAACCGUGGUCAAUUGGGUCAUGAUACAAUUGGGUGCGAUGGUUAUCCUAUUUAUUUAUCAAGCUAUACGAAUUCUGAAGAUAUUUGAAAAACGGAAAAUAGAUUAAAAAGUUUGGGAAGUUUCUAUUUAUAGGCGGUUAAUAUGAUAUUUACUUGGUA